UCUAUUUAAUUCUCUUUGGUCAUAUUCCUUUCUACUAGCUAUGGAAAAAUCAAGCAUUGUAUCAUAAUAAUAUAUUUUUUAUCGAUUUCAACACAACACUCUUCAGCAUGUAAAGUUGCAUUUCCGUGGCGUGUAUUAUAAUUAUGGGCAAAAUAAUAAAAUCAUGAAAAACAAUUAGCCCACAGAAAAAAAUAUGUACAGGAAAUAUAAUAUUAUUAUUUCGUGUUUAUUAAGUCUAUAAAUCUUUCGAACAUGGCUGCUUCCAAGGAAGAUGAAAGAAGAAAAGAAAAUAUUCGGAACAAUAUACUCAUACUAUAUAAAAAUCCUUUACCUGAUAAGAUAUAUUUUUUGUACAAUAAAAAUAUUGGGGCAGUCAAAAACAAAAUAGACACGGAGCCAACCGUUAUAGCAAAGAGUUGGCGCCUUCAUUAUGUUGAAACAGAGCCAAUUUAUCACAAACUCUUAAACGUAAUUGUAGAUAAAAGGUUUUACAAAUUUAAAAUACCAAUUCAAAAUGGAGCAUUACGACAAAUAGAAAGUGACCAUAAAAUUAAUAGAGAGAAUGUAUUAUUAAUAUCUACAAAAAGAUCAUUCACACUUCCAAACUGUACCAACAGCCCCACCGUAGACCCGUCUGAUGACGAAGGUAGUUCUGUAGGCGUAAAUGGUGUCACUGAUUUAAGUUUUGGGACUGCAAAAACGAUCGUUUACAGCUUUAUAUGCUCAAAUGAGUUGUCGAUAAUGUUUUUUUGCAUUGAUAAAUUAGAACAUAUGUUGAAUCAAUUCAGUUUCAACAAUGUUAAGCGAUCGAAAAGAAACCAAUUAGAUCUUUUUGAGAAACAAAGACAACAUGAAUUAUUGUUCAAGUAUGAUAAUCUUGAUAAAUCUUUAAAGGAAUAUAAGAACACGCCAUUGAGAAUACAGGAAGAGAGUAAAACUUGCAACAUAAAAGUAGUUAAAUCUGCUAGAGUUUGGAAAUGCAUACAUUAUAAAUAUAAACUCAAAAAACCGUUGGUAACUUAUAUAAGACAUUGGCACAUACGAAAUACAUGCCAUGGUUACACAUUAAGAAAUAUUUUAAGAAGACUCUAUGUAAAUACGUUGACUUUCAUGAAAAACAAUUACAUUGUAUUAAUAUAUAAAGCAAAAAUCAACACGAAUAUUACUUUACAACCGAAAAGCUUAAUUAUAGCAUUUUGUAAAAGACAAGAAGCUUUUAUUGAUAAAUUAUUGAGAAUUAAUGAUGCACAUAUUUUAAUAUGUUCUACGUAUCCAUUUAGACGUCCUAAAUAUAUGCCAAAGGACGAUCCUGUUGUUGAAACUUUACAAGGCGUAAUGUAUUCAAGAGGAUCGACGACCAGUUCAAAUAUUGUCAUCCUGAGGAAUUAUUUACAGAGCAAGAAUAAUAAUGCCAAUAAAUCGCUCAAAAACUCUCUCAGUGACUUGAAAAAACCGUCUACUGUAAAUAAUACUACGGAAUUCGAAGAUGGAGGCUUCAAAACAUUUGCUAUCCUUUCUAUAGACAACUUAUUAGCACAUUACUAUAACAUAAUGCAAACACAAACAGUAAAUAAUCCCUUUAACCAAAAUAAAUCUAAUGAAAAAAUGCAUUGCAACUCAACAUUCAUUGUGGGCAAGAUAUGGUUAAGAGAUUUUAUUAGUAAUUCGCAAUAUAUUAAACCUCACUUUAAUAAGACUUUUUAUAAGCCAGAUUUUAUAAAUGAAACUAUGUUUGAUACUCCGUUAUUAGACAGAUAUGUAGAAGUUGUGAAUAAAGUAUAUAAUAUUCUCACAACACAAAUAAGUUUCAAAAAUAUUUUAAAACCAUUGGGACAAAAUUUCAUUUAUGUUAUCUUCAGUAACAGAUAGCAAUUUGAUAAAUAAAACAGAACAUAGUA